AUGACAACGAGCAAGAGAAGCAAGACAAGACUGAAGAUGAAGCAGUUUAUCCUGACAACGUUCUUCUUCCUCGCUAUUUGCAGAACAGACACGGACACGGUAGUUACCGAGUUAACAUGCCCGACUAACGGGGUGACCAACCGUGCGAACAACAGCUUCGAAGGGACAAACUACCUCUGCAUGUCUUCGUCCAACGGCUACAACAGCGAGUACUGCCAGUCCGCCUCUGGUGGGUCCACCCUCUGCUACCAGUGCUGCACGUCCAGCCAGUGCAAUACCCAGCAGCUGACAGGCGGCGCUCCUACCACGCGGCAAAGCAUCGCAGUCAUGGUCGCCACGUGCAUGGUCGCCCUACUGGCCACCGUGUUGUAGAACACACAAUUUUCAGACGCUACUUAAAUUUUUCUACGCCCCCUUCAUUUAAAAGGACUACCCGUUCUGAACUAUUUGCCUGUGAGCUGGAUCUCUUGAGGUAUUAUACAUGUGAUGAUUGUCUGAGGUGUGCCAAAUAUAUCUUACCAUGGCUGAUCCCUAGGGCUGCUCUAUUCUAAAAUCACAUCAUUUCCUAACCUCCCCACCAAAUUUCUUUCAUCCUGGCUGCCCUUGACUUUCCUAAUGGAACAGCCUUUAUUGUAUGAUAAUAGAUUUUCGAUGCCGUCCAAACUUAACUACACCAGUCAUUAGAUGGAACAAUAAACAAAGUUGUCAUUCCCUAUUGCUGAGGGGCGCCAGUCCCAACGAAGCAGGAAAUAACAUUAAUAUGUGCCAUCGGCUGUUGUAUAUUGAGAAAGUCGGGUGGGAAACACGGUGAUCUGUAGGUACUGUACCAUUAAUCUUGCUGCUACUUUCUGUAUGUACAAACAUACGAUAUUCAAGCAGAUACGCGGUAUUGAUUUCUUUUGUGCGUCUAUCAGACUGGUCUACUGGUCUCACAAAGACGCACAGAGGGAGGCGAAACGACGCAUCUGCUUUGAGGUUGAUUUACACAUUGUGCAACUUUGGCCUACGCCUAGACCAAAUUAGAAUAUGCCUCUGUACGUAAUGCUAUUUCAUAUUGUUAACUAUUAUGAAGGGCUACGAAUAAUCACAUUGAUUUGUAGUACUUUGAUGUCGUUGAAAUGGUGACUGUACAGAUAAAUUUGUUCGGGAAGAAGACAUACUAUAGAUGUUGUAUGGCACGAUGUGAUGUAUAUAUACAUCAGACGGUACGUAUCUGAUGUCCUAUGACUCCCCGAGUGGGAUCCUGUGACAGCGUAGGAUGAAAACUUAGGGCGGCUGUACUAACUCGGUUGUUCCGCAAGGUGGUGCACGUACAUGGUCAAAAGCCUGUGCCAUAAGCUCAACAGUAGUUUCGAUAGUAGCUAACAUGUACAUGUAUUAGGCCUGUCUGUCGUACCCAGGGCGAACCAUAGCUGGGUUCGAGCAAGCUCUUGAUCUACAUUAUGAUGGUUUGGUUUCAUCAGGGAGGUUUAAAUCUCAUUUAAACCUUCUUGGUUUCAUGACAGCAUGUUUAAGAAUGACACUAAAUGUAAUACCACCAGUAUACAUCCGUACAGUUACGCCCUAUGUUAAUGACACUUACGCUCGAGGUUCCAAAAAGCACGAAGGGAUGAUGGAUAAGUGAUGUACAUGUACCGUCUGAAACGCCAGUGGUACGGCAGUUUCUAGUUGUAUGUAUGCAUUGACUGUGGUGUGUUUUAUAUGUUUAUAAGUGUAAAAAUAAACUGUCUAUUUUACGUA